AUAUAAUUUAGGGACAUAUUAAGUGGUAUAUAAUAUUUGAUUGUGUAUUUAAAUUUAAGUCACUUAUUUUGAACAGGAAGUAGGCAAACUGUGACAGGCCACUUACACAAUUUUUGAAAGAAUUUUAUAUUAGUCUGUAUAUUUUAAAAAUGGCCGCAUUUGAUUUAAAAACAGCUUUAUUGCUAUUACCUAUAGUGAAUCAGGAUGAGAAAGUUAUAAAAAGCCUUUUAGACGGCAUUGAAUUUUACAAAACCAUCCUUAGGCCUGAUGACCACCCCUUAUUAAUUAAUUUUAUAUUAAAGUCGAGACUUUCUAGUUGUGCCAAAUUAAAAUUAAAAUCAAACUACGAUAAUAUUAAUAAUUUAACGGAGGAUAUAAGAAAAAUUUUAUUACCAAGUAAAUCGUAUACAUUCAUUUUAACGCAACUACAAAAAUGUAGGCAGGGUAAUAGAACAAUUUUAGAGUUUGGGGAUGAAAUUGAAAGGUUGUUUGUUGAAUUAACAAUUGCCCAAGCGGGGGGUUUGAACACCGCGUAUGAUAUUCUAUUGCCCAUAAAUGAGAAUAUUGCAAUUAGGCAAUUUGCAUACGGGCUAAACGAUAGUAGGUUGACAAUGUAUAUAAUAUGUCGAAAAAUAUCAAAUUUACAAGAAGCUGUCAAAACAGCAAUAGAAGAGGAGGAAUUCAUUCCUAAGAACUUCCAAACGUGUUUAAUAAAUAAAAUAAAUUAUGACGCACGCGAAUUUGAUCGCAGAACAAAUCAAUGUCAAGCGAAGCGUAAUAAUACUAAGUCGCGAAGUCAGCAAAAUGCAUAG